CCCAGACUCGGCCCAUUUAAUUGAUAAUUUGGUGUUUGGCGGGAAGCUUUCUUCCCUGAGAAGAAAGAGAAAUCCUUUAAAUCCCAAAACCCAGAAAAUUAAAAAAAUUUAAAACAAAAAGUCAGGAAAGGAUUGAUGGAGGAGAAAGAAGGUGAGAGAGAAUUCCCGGCGUUUCCGUACAAGCCAUAUUCGAUUCAGAGGGAAUUCAUGAACGCCCUUUACUGUUUUCUUGAUGAAGGAGGGGUUUCCAUGCUUGAAAGUCCCACUGGGACUGGAAAAACUCUAAGUAUCAUUUGUAGUGCUUUGCAAUGGGUGGUUGAUCAGAAGCAAAAGAUGAAAGCCAAACCAAUGGUUGAUUCUGGUAAGAACAUAGGAAAUGAUGAUCAAUGUGGUUCUGAUGAUGAACCUUACUGGAUUAAAAACUUUACUGUGAACAAAGACAGUCAAUCAGAGGCAAAGAAGAUCAAGAAGAAGAUAAGUGGAUUUAAAUCUGACAACAGAAGAAAUCAAGAAAGUUAUAGAGAUUUGUUAACACGUGAUCUGGAGAAGGAGGAUUUUUCUUCAAAGAAACAAUCUGAGAAUUUGCAGAAGGCAAAUGAUGCAUCGGAGUUGGAUGAUCAGGAAUUUUUGUUGGAAGAAUAUGCAAGUGAAGAGGAAGGGGCUAUUGGUGGCGGGAAAUCAAAGAGGAAGGCUGGUGGGUUUACUGUUAGUUCAUCAAGUGAUGAGGAAGAGGAAGAAGAUGGAUUCGAGGAGGAGGAAGAGGGGUUUAAAGUUUAUUUUUGUAGUAGGACGCACUCACAGCUGUCGCAGUUUGUAAAGGAAUUACGGAAGACCAAUUUCGCUAAUGAAAUAAAGGUUGUGAGUUUGGGCUCAAGGAAGAAUUUCUGCAUAAAUGAAGAGGUUUUGAGACUUGGAAGCCCUACUCAAAUUAAUGAAAGGUGCUUGGAGCUUCAAAAGAACAAGAAGAAUGAAAUUUGCAAAGUCAAGAACCUAUGUGCAGAGGGAAAAGCACGUCGAACCAAUGCUUCUUCCAGAUGCCCAAUGCUCAGAAAUCAUAAACUACAAAAACAAUUUAAAAAUCAAGUUUCCCAACAAGAAGCAUUAGAUAUUGAAGAUCUCGUUCACCUUGGAAAAGGUAUUGGAACUUGUCCAUAUUAUGGCUCUAGAAGCAUGGUGCCAGCGGCUAAUCUUGUUGCUCUUCCCUAUCAGUCUCUUCUGUCAAGAUCAUCUCGUGAAUCGCUGGGUCUUAACCUGAAGAACGGUAUUGUAAUUAUUGAUGAGGCUCACAAUUUGGCUGAUUCUCUCAUCAGUAUAUAUGAUGCUAAAAUUACCCUGUCACAGUUGGAAAAUGUACAGAACCACAUAGAGACAUACUUUGCAAGAUUUCGGAAUCGCUUGGGACCUGGCAACAGAAGAUACAUCCAAACUUUGAUGGUCGUCACUCGGGCUCUCCUCCAGGCUGUAAACAAUGAGAAAAAUGAAAGUUGUGCAAGCCAAGACACUGAGAAAGCUGCUGGAGCUAAAACUGGCUCUACCACAUCCAUGGCCAUAAAUGAUUUUCUAUUUUCUCUCAACAUUGACAACAUUAAUUUGGUAAAAUUGCUGCAAUAUAUAAAGGAAAGCAACAUCAUUCACAAGGUUAGUGGGUAUGGAGAUAAAGCUUCCAACUCAGAGAAAGGUUCAGCAGUCAAGGACAGUGGAGAAAGUUGUGAAGAAGGGAGCACUCUUUCCAGUUUUCGAGCACUAGCAGAUAUGUUACUAUCACUCACAAAUAAUGAUGGUGAUGGACGGAUAAUAAUCUCGAGGAGACAACGAACAUCCUUUGGACAACAAGGAGGAUUCCUAAAAUAUGUAAUGCUGACGGGAGAAAAGAUUUUUUCUGAGGUUGUAAAUCAAGCACAUGCUGUUAUUCUGGCUGGAGGAACACUGCAACCAAUAGAAGAAACAAGAGAACGACUUUUUCCAUGGUUACCUCCUAAUCAAUUACAUUUCUUUUCAUGCAGUCAUAUAGUCCCUCCUGAGAGUAUUUUGCCGAUAGCAGUUUCCCAUGGCCCAACUGGUAAAUCUUUUGAUUUUAGCUAUCGGUCCAGAAGCUCGUCAACUAUGAUAGAAGAGCUAGGGCUUUUAGUUUGCAAUUUGGUGACAGUGGUUCCUGAAGGAAUUGUUGUGUUCUUCUCCUCGUUUGACUAUGAAGAGAAAGUGCAUGAUGCAUGGAAGACUUCAGGCAUCCUUGACAGAAUUAUGAAGAAAAAACGUGUCUUCAGAGAGCCUAGAAAAAACACCUCCAUAGAAUUUGUUCUCAAGGAAUACAAGGAAACAAUUGAUACUUUGUCUGUUGGACCAAAAGAAAGUUCAACUCUCCUCAAUGGUGCAAUACUCUUAGCUGUAGUUGGUGGAAAGAUAUCGGAAGGCAUCAACUUCAGCGAUGGGAUGGGCCGAUGUAUAGUCAUGGUUGGACUGCCCUACUCUAGCCCAUCUGAUGUUGAAUUGUUGGAGAGGAUAAAGUAUAUUGACGGUCUAGGAAAUCCAAAUUCUGUUAACACUCUUAACAUUUUACCGAGUAAUGAAUAUUAUGAUGGAGAUGUUCAGGCCGGACUCAGCAUUCUAAGAAGUUGCGGGCACAGAGGAAAAGAAUAUUAUGAAAAUCUCUGCAUGAAAGCUGUAAAUCAAUCAAUUGGUCGAGCAAUUCGGCAUAUAAAUGACUAUGCAGCAAUUUUGUUGGUUGACAUGCGCUUUGCAUCAGAAUCAUCAAAAAGAAGCUUUUCUCACCCAACCGACAAGCUUCCACAGUGGAUCAAAGAUAGUCUUGUUUCUUCAACUAAUAGUUAUGGUGAAGUCCAUAGACUGCUGCAUCAGUUCUUUAAGUUCAACAAGAACAGAGGUUGUCAAUAGGAAGUUAUAAAGCAGUCACUAAAAUUGAGGAUAAUUCAUUCUAUUAAACCCAAAUGAAGAAAACAUGGUUGUAUAGACUGUCAUAUAUACAAAUCAGAAGCCAUACAUCUUCUGUGAGAUUUCUGAGGUUAGCUGGCUUGGCACUAUUUGUGACAUAAAUCCAUAAUUUAUAAGUAUGGUUGUGCUAAAUGAGUGUAGCGUGUUUAAGUUAGGCAUAUUUCCGUUGAUUUAACUUUCAGAUGCCAUGAUUUGAAAAGGCUUAUAUUGUCAUGAUGGAUUUGUAAAGUUGGAAGAUGAUGGAUUUUAUUUGUGUAUGUUGAGAAAGAGAAGACUUGUUUAUAUGUGGUUUAAAUUGUUUAACUCUA